CGUGCAGCAGCACAACCGUCUGCCCAAUUGUCCGCGGUGCAGCCAGUACUCCCUGCACAGUAUUAUGCUGACCAUGGAGGAGCUGAGGGAGAUGGACUGCAGCGUGCUGAAGAGGCUGCUGAAGAGGGAAGCCCUGCCUCACAGGGGCAGCUGCCUGCUCCUGGACUGCCGACCCUUCCUGGCGCACAGCGCAGGCUUCAUCCAGGGCUCCGUUAACGUGCGCUGUAACACGAUAGUCCGGCGCAGGGCUAAGGGCUCGGUGAGCCUGGAGCAGAUGCUGCCCGCGGGCAGUAAGGACGAGGAGGAGGUGCUGAGCAGGCUGCGCUCCGGGCUCUACUCUGCCAUCAUCGUGUACGACGAGAGGAGCCCCCGAGCCGAGUCCCUGCGGGAGGACAGCACCGUGUCCCUGGUGGUGCAGGCUCUGCGCAAGGACACGGACAGCGCCGACAUCUGCCUGCUGAAAGGAGGCUAUGAGAGAUUUCAUUCCGAGUACCCAGAAUUCUGUGCAAAAUCAAAAUCCAUAAACAGUAUUUCUCUACCUGCCUCUACCAGCAUUGAGUCGGCUGGCACGGGCUGCAGUUCAUGUGCAACCCCACUGCAUGAUCAGGGUGGUCCAGUGGAGAUCCUGCCCUUCCUUUACCUUGGCAGUGCCUAUCAUGCUGCUCGAAGGGACAUGUUGGAUGCCUUAGGUAUCACAGCCUUACUGAAUGUAUCUUCAGAUUGUCCAAACCAUUUUGAAGGUCACUUUCAGUAUAAAUGUAUACCGGUGGAAGAUAAUCAUAAAGCGGAUAUUAGCUCUUGGUUCAUGGAAGCAAUAGAAUAUAUUGAUUCAAUCAAGGAUAAUCAUGGACGUGUACUUGUACAUUGCCAAGCUGGCAUUUCUCGUUCUGCCACCAUCUGCUUAGCCUAUUUAAUGAUGAAGAAGAGGGUAAAGCUAGAAGAAGCCUUUGAGUUUGUGAAGCAGCGCAGGAGCAUAAUCUCUCCUAACUUCAGCUUCAUGGGACAGUUGUUGCAGUUUGAAUCUCAGGUCAUGACCACUACGUGCGCUACCGAGGCUUCUAGCCCGUCAGCUACUCUUUUAGAGCGAAGUAAAAAUUCCUCUUCACCUACAUCUCCUUUUGUCUUCAGCUUUCCAGUAUCAGUAGCAGCUACCAACAGCCUUCCUUAUCUUCAUAGUCCCAUCACAACUUCACCCAGUUGCUGAAAGUGUGGAAAACAAAGCAACUGACUUUACUUAGUUUUGGCCAUUUUAGGUCGAAAGAUCUUUUAUAUAGAAAGCUGAACUUUCAUCAAGGAAUAUGUAAAUUCUGAAAGUGGUAAAACCCAAUAAGCAAUAAUAAUAUUGUAACAGUUUUCCAUCUCCAAAGCCAUUUGAGCUCUAGUGUUUUGCUUUUUAUUUGAAGGUUUUAAUUGGUUUUCCCUGCUCUUAUUUUUAAUUUUUUUGUUUUUAUAAAUAUUUAUAUAGUAACAUUGAUAUUUCAUGUUCAACUUGUAUUUAUUACUUUUUUAUUACAAAGUGGCUUCAGGGCAACUUUUUAGUUUCAAGCAAAAUAAAGUUUGGGAAAUUUUUAACUUUCCCAAAGUGCCUAUUUUUUAUUUUUUAGAUUUUUGUUCCCUCCAACGUCAGUCUGCAAUUUUAUUAUUAUUUUAUCUUUUUUUGUAUCUGAACACUGUCCUCCAAGGUAUCAAAAUGCAAUAAGAGAAAGAGCAACAUUUCCAGAACAUCAAUAUUUCUAUAUAAUCUAAUGAAGAGCACAAGAGAGAGAGGUUGGAUUGAACUUUUGGCAUUCAUAGCUGGACACAGGAUGUAAAGUGGCGUUAAUUAGGCACCAUUAUAGUAUUUCGUACCCAUGAAGAUAAAUGGAUUAUUGAUGUUCUCAGUUUCUCUUUACCCAGAUACCCAGGGUAUUGGGCUUGAAAUAUGGCACUGGAUGUAUUAUUCUCCUGAAAUAAGCUUGCAGUAUACUGGUUUAAAAAAAAAUGUAUUUAAACUUUUAGCCAGCUGUAAAACAUUGAGUGUUAGAUAUGAUGCCUCCUACUCUACAAUGUUUUGACUGUAUUUGUAUGAGUGCUUUGUUUUCUGAUUUAAAUGUUCUUUCUACAUUAGUUAUGGCAAUGUAGGAGUGAUCUCAGUAUUCAGAUGACCCUAUUGAUGCCUCUUGUCAAGGGCAAGCAAGGAGAUCAUGUACAAUGUCGAUGUGCAUGUAGGUUCAGUCAGAUUUAGUAUUUGCUCGACAGAUUUUACAGCCUGACCUGUAGCUAUCCUCCUGGUGUAUUUAGUGUCACAUUAAACCCAGUAUGCCAUUUAUUGAGUAGCAGUGAUAAAUGGCCAUAGUGUGGCAUUGGAAUACCUUUAAUAUAGCCCUUCCUUUAUACAUUAUGGAUAGGGACUGCAAAUGUAUAAUUCUACAACCUUGUAGGGGAUCUCAGUCUAGAAACUCACAGCCUCCCAUGUUCAUUAGAAGGCACUUGUUACGGUAGCAUAUUUUGUUUCGCUAUUUCAUAUACUGGUGAGUGUGCAUAUAUAUAGAUAGUAGUUUCAAUAAACUCUGCACAAAACCACCACCUCUGUGCUUACCAUUUUGCCCUUGUGAUAAGGUUACCGAUGCUGUAAAAUGCAUGUCGACUAUGCUAUACAGCACUUUUGGGGUUAGCCACCAUUGUUGAGAUUACAUGUCCUCAUUAAAGGGGUAUUGCAGGAUUUUUACAUUUCUAUCAUUAGGAUAGCCUUCAAUAUCUAACUGGUGGAGGUCUGAGAGCCCGCACCCAAGCUGAUCAGCUGUUCAGAAGAUGAUCCAGUGUCUGAAUUGCACCGCUCUGUCCAUGGUGUAGUGGAUGAAGCUGGUUACUGCAGCACUGCUCCCAUUGAAGUGAACACCGAGCUGUGGAGGUGCAGCUGGACCCCCGCCGAUCAGAUAGUGGUGGCCUGUCCUGAGCUAGUCCAUUAGGGUAGAGGUACCAGAAAACCCAUUCAUGGAAUGGAUGGCACUUUGUAAAAGGAUCCACUAGAUGUUACUGUUGAUUAGAAUGACUUUAGAUCUGUAUUUUUGCAGACUGUGAGAGUGUUGUAUUGAUCACCAUAAAAUCUCAAGCUUUAAACUAGAAUUUCAGUUCCACUGUUGGUCUAUUAUGUUCCCGUUAAUUUAUAUUUGUGAAUUGUAAUUGUGACAGAGUCACAGAGCAAGAAACGUCUCUCAGUUGUGGCUAAGUGUUGUCUUCCCAUUUCACUAUGACUUUUACUCUCUUUUUCAUACCACUCUGAGUGCGCUGAUAAAUAUAACUCUGAAUUCAUCUCGGAAAUGCCACAGGAAGCUUCUAAAUCAUAUGAUUAGCAAGUCAUUAAUCAUUCAUUCCUGCCCAAAUGAAAGCCUCUACUACUGAGAACCUACAGCAGCUCUGCAGACUGAGCAGUGAAAAGCUAAGCCAUUGUUGUGUUACUAUACUUCGGGGUCACAAAGGACUGCUUAAACAGUCUACCAUAUAAACUUCCUUUCAAAGCACAAAGGGCAAAACUCGUGUGGCAAUAUACUCAUUUGGUGAUGGGCCUCACUUAUUUUGGCCAUCAGUCUUCCAUUUUCAUUUGCAUAGGUCAGUUCUGUAUUGUAGGUCACUGCACUCGCACUGUUGUCAAUUAAGCAAGACCCUUCCCAUUAUAUUCUUUACAUAGUGUUUUUUUAUUUU